AUGGCUAGAGACCCGUGGAGGACCGAUGAGUCUGCUUCAUCGCUGUGGUUUGAACAGGCAGUGAACGCCGCGGUUCAUAUCGGCGCUAUGGCGUACGGUAUGCAACUGGCAACUGCGUUCCUCGCCGUGUACCACGUCAUAAAUUCGAAGGAAAAGAAAUAUGUCUGGCAGUCCAUCACCUAUGUCGGCAUACUGGUUCUAUUAUCGACAAUCUAUACGGCGUGUAACAUCCAUUCGAAUGAGAUGGCGUGGAUCGACGAACGCGGCUACCCUGGCGGACCCCUGCAGUACCAGAUUGAGCAGAGUUAUACGACAACAAUCCUUGUCGCUAACGUGGCAGCGAUUAUGAUCACAUUUCUUGCCGAUAUCUGUAUGCUCUGGAGAUGCUGCAUCCUGUACCAAGGCCUGUGGAUGGCUGUCGUCCUUCCAGCUUUGCUUCUUCUCUCCUCGACCGCCAUGGGCGUACUUCUCGUCCUUCAAUUGGCUUUACCGGGCGCGGCGAUCUGGGGAACUAGGAUUGCCAAAUUUUCCAUCCCAUACUGGGCCCUUUCAAUCACCUUCACCCUUCUCGUGACGUUCAUGAUCGUCGCCCGUCUUCUAUCGAUGCGUAGAAGGAUUCAGACAACGUUAGGAACCGAGUACGGGAGAGCAUAUACCGGAAUUGCGGCAAUGUUGACUGAAUGUGCUCUGCCGUACGCGCUGAUAAUCGCCAUGACCCCGCAGCUCAUUAUGAUACGCGUCGCCCGUGGCCGUGGCCUGUCAAGUGAGGCUGUCGCUACUGCAAGCGGACAAAUAUCGGCGUUGCAAUUUCGUCGCAGUGUUUUUCCCGAUAUCGAGCGACCCGACUCUCCUAUGACAACGCUAAGAGAGAUAGUGCACGCAAAGGAAGGAGCUGGAUCUGGAUCUGAGGACUCUUUUGAGGAAGCGUUAAAAUUGUCCCCACGUUAG